UGAAGUAUGAUUCCAACGGUUUCAUCCCUUUUCUUUUUUUUUUUUUUGGUUACCUUCCCAAAAGUUCCCCGAAACCAUUGGCGCCAAAAUCUCAGCCUUCGUAACAGAUCACAAAGUUCCAUUUUCAUUCACCAAAAACAGAAGAGAGAAAGAGAGAGGAAGAGGGAACCCUAGAGCAACACCAUUCAUGAGUAUGAGCAAACCCAGAAAGUUGUCUUUCCUGCAGACUUCAAUGUGCAUGUCAGUUUAAGAUCGUUCAUUCCGUGGCCAUUUUUCACAAAGAUGCCAACGAAAGAUUGAUCCUCUGCUAUUCAUUGUUUUUUUUUUCAAAGAAUGAAUACGUCAAUGACCAAAGCCGAUAGCCCUGCAAGUACCCCUCCUGAAAGUUCCUUACCGGUGGAUAAGAAAAAGAAGUUUGUCAUUCCAAAGAUUUUCAGUUCUAGACGCAACAAAGCAGGCUCUAACGACGACACAGGAUCAGAUGGUGAUGAAGUUUUUAUUGUGGAUACAGAAAAAAAUAUAUCAGAAAGGAGAAUCACGUUCAUGGAGACUCCUGAUCAGCCAACCAGAAAAAAUUUCUCAGAAAGACAGGCUAGUUCUGCAAUUGAAGGCCUGAACCUAUCAAACUUUGAGCAUGCUAUGGCUUCAGAAACAGAAACUAAAGAAUUUAGGAUUUUCGUAGGAACAUGGAAUGUAGGAGGAAGGACACCCAACUUCGGCAUCAACCUGGAAGAUUUUUUGCAGGUGGAAGGCUGUGCAGAUUUAUAUGUCUGUGGGUUUCAGGAAAUUGUUCCACUCAGUGCUGGAAAUGUAUUGGUGAUUGAAGACAAUGAGCCUGCUGCAAGAUGGCUGGCUCUGAUAAACCACGCACUUAAUAAGCCAAGGCAAGAGUACUACUCUUUUGCUGAUUCAAGCCCUUUAAGGGACUUCAAAAGCCACAAUGUCAAAGACCCUAAGUUUUUCAACAAAUCUUCUCUCAAGGUAAUUAGCAAAAAUUUGAAGGCAGAUAGUAAUCUUCUCAAGAUCUGCAAUUGUCCCGUAGAGUACCUAUCUCGAGAGAGACAUAGAUUAAGAAAACUUAAUGAGUCCAUGGCUGCAUUAGACCCGGAAAUUGAUCCUCGUCAUCGAUAUAACAGCUCAAAUAGCUCGAUUUAUACCGUUGGUAUGCCUACAUCACCCACACAGAUUUACAGCCUUAUAGCAAGCAAGCAAAUGGUUGGUAUUUUUCUUUCAGUGUGGGCUAAGAAGGAGUUGGUUCCUCACAUUGGCCAUCUCAGAGUCUCUUCUGUAGGGAGAGGAAUAAUGGGUCGUCUUGGCAACAAGGGAUGUAUAUCAGUAAGCAUGUCUUUGCAUAGAACGAGCCUCUGCUUCGUCUGCUGUCACCUGGCUUCUGGGGAGAAAGAAGGGGACGAACUAAGAAGAAAUGCUGAUGUAGCUGAGAUCCUUAAGAGCACACAAUUCCCCAAGAUUUGCAAGAAUCCAAAUCCUCGUGCCCCGGAAAAGAUAAUUGACCACGACCGGGUAAUUUGGCUUGGAGACUUAAAUUAUCGAGUAUCUUUGAGCUAUGAGAAAACAAGGGUACUGGUGGAGGAUAAUGACUGGGACACCUUGCUGGAAAAGGACCAGUUGAAUAUGGAGAGAGAAGCAGGAAGGGUGUUUGACGGAUUCAUUGAAGGAAGGAUUUUGUUUGCUCCCACUUAUAAAUACUCCUAUAAUUCAGAUUCAUAUGCUGGAGAAAAUGGAAAAUCCAAGAAGAAACGUAGAACCCCAGCAUGGUGUGACAGGAUAUUAUGGCGAGGCAAAGGCAUUGAUCAGUUGUCGUAUGUUCGAGUAGAGUCAAGAUUCUCCGACCACAGACCGGUUUGCGCUGUCUUCGCGGUGGAGAUAGAAGCAAAGAACAGAAACAACAGCAGGUUCAGAAAGGGUUACUCCUGUACUGCUCCCAGGAUGUUGGAAUAUGCUGAAUGUAUGCCUCAAAGGCAUAGCUUUUAUGGAGUGUAGUGUUCAUUUUAUUAGGUUUUAUUUUGUUUUUGGGUGAGAGAGGGGAAGAAAUCAAGAAAAUCACCACCUGUACCUCUUUCUUUUUUCACCUCAAAAAUAUUUUUGCUAACUGUUUUUGUUUCUAAAAGCAAUUACCAAUAUAUAGCAAAUAAUUUAAAAGAACAGCAUUUUGU